UUACAGGGGAUACAGAAAACGAAACUUUAAGAUGCUUUUAGCUUCGCCUUGUUAAGAAAAAUAUAAACCUUAAAACUGAGUAGUUUGAGACCGAACUGAUGUGUUACGUUGUUCGUCUAAUAAAAUAUUAGCAAUAUUAUUACCGUGAAACAGACUAAAGUAAUAAUGACAAACUGUCUUCCGGGGAUUACGUUUUUGUGUGUGACUCUUCUGAUUCUUUUCAGCACGAAAUCUCAAUCGGAGCGUUUACAGGUGGUUGGUACAAAAGCAUCUCUUGUGGCUCUAGCUGGUGAGGAUCUGAUUCUGUCCUGUUUUAUCAAACCCAACACUAGCGCUGUGGACAUGACAGUGGAGUGGUUCAAACUAUAUGUAAAGGACUCAUUAGUGCAUCUCUAUAAGGAUCAUAAAGACAGAAAUGAAGAUCAGGCUCAGUCCUACAAAGGAAGAACUUCACUGUUUAAAGAGGAGCUACAGAAAGGCAACACUUCACUCAAACUCUCAGCUCUCAGAGUCUCCGAUGAAGGAACUUACAAGUGUCUUGUUGAGGACAAAUCCUGGUCAGAUGACAUCACUGUGAAUGUCAUCGUUGAGGCUCAGGGAAGUCACCCAGUAAUUGUGAUGGAGAGUUAUGAUAACUUCAGAGGGAUUAAUCUAGUGUGUGAGUCCAAAGGCUGGAAACCUGAACCUGAGGUUCUGUGGCUGGACAGAGAAGGAGCCACUCUGCCUGCUGAAGAUACACAGAUACACAGAGACACUGAGGGCUUUGGUGUGAAACGGCGCAUCACUGUUUAUGAUUCUAGUGACUCCAACAGGUUUUACUGCAGACUUCUUCAAAAACAUCACAUGAUGGAGGCAGAGGUUAUCAUUAAUAGUAAAGUCUUUGAUGCUUGGAAGUGGAUUGGUGGAAUUUUAGGUUCAGCAUGCCUUAUUGCUGUUGGAUUGAUAGUUACUGCAGUGGUUUGUCACAAAAAAGAGAUGCAGAUACAGCGGCUGGAGGAUGAGAUGCAGAAGGAGAAGCAGUACACAGAGCUGCAGAGACAGAACAUGGAACAUGAAUUAGGAAAGAAAAAGCAGUAUGCAGUGGAUGUGACUUUGGAUCCUGAUACAGCUCAUCCAUAUCUCAUCCUGUCUGCUGAUGGAAAACAAGUAACACAUGGAGAUACAGAACAGGAUCUUCCUGAUACACUAAAGAGGUUUACAUAUUAUCCCUAUGUUCUAGGAAAGGAUUUCUUCUCAGGGAGAUUUUAUUAUGAGGUGCAGGUCAGAGGGAAAACUAAGUGGGUAUUGGGUGUUGUAAGUGAAAACAUUAACAGGAAGGGGGAGGUUACAAUGAAACCUCAGACUGGAUUCUGGACUAUGGGGCUGAGGAAUGAGAAUCAGUACAGGACUCAUGCUAAUACUGAUGUGCUUCUCACACUGAGAGAGAAUGUAGAGGUGGUGGGGGUGUUUGUGGAUUAUGAGGAGGGUCUGGUCUCUUUUUAUGAUGUGAAAUCCAGCUCUCAUAUAUACUCUUUCAUUGCUCAGUCAUUCACUGAGAGGAAACUAUAUCCUUUCUUUAGUCCUGGUUUAAAUAAAGGAGGAAAAAAUUCAGCACCACUGGUCAUCUCUGCCACAAUAUAAUUUCCUAUAAUCUCGUAUAUGACUGAAUGAAUUUCUUCUGUAAUUUAGAGUAAAUGAAUUUUCACCUUACAAAUUUAAUCCACUGUUUUACUUCAGAUUUUAUUAUGAUCAAUACAAUGUAUUAAGUUCAGCUGCUGAUGUCUAUGUAGAUAAAAAAGGCGCUGUAAAUAAAAUUAAUAAAUAAAUCCGAUAUCUGCCAAUUGCUGGUGCAGGGAAGUGGUGGCUCAUCCAUUAAGGCAGCUCUUAAUUGAUGAUUUUUUAUUAGUAUUUUUUAUUUGUUUGUUUUUUCCUUGUCUAAAUGUUUUAGAGAGAAAAAGCGUGCGUGCCCAAGAGAGUGAGAAAGAGAGAGAGAGAGAGAGAGAGAGAGAGAGAGAGAGAGAGAGAGAGCAAGCAUUUGGUUUACUGUUUAGUGCUGUUUAUUUUCUUAAAAGGAGGAUUGGAUGUGUAAAUGUGUUUGUAUUUGUUUUUUGUAUUUUAUGCAUAACAAUGUGUGAAAUGUACACUUUGUAAAUGUACUUAAUUCUUGUUUUUGCUAGCUUUGCUGUAAUGAGAAUAAACUUUUGUUUAUUGUUAAAGCAAUUGUU